UCCGCAACCGUCUCUUCUCGGCAUUUCCGCGGCCCCGUGAACGCACCACCCGCGUGCCCCUCCGCCAGUAGAAGGAGCUCUCUCUCCGGGUCUUACCUAACGCACGAGCCCCGAAACAUACACAAACAUGGCGCUAUCACGAGCGGGCGAGACGCGGCGCGCUCCGCGGUGGUCCCUGCGCGUCGUCGUCGUCCUCUGGCUGGCCGGGUUUCACUCGACGUCCGCCCUCCGUCUGCACGCGGAGCGGCGGCACGCGCUGCCGCAGGACAGAGGCUUCUUCACGGUGCACGCGAACCGGGAUUCGCCGCCGCACGGAGAUGGAGGCGCCGCCGCCGAGGAGAGGGAAGCGGCUCCGCGGCCGCCUCUGGCCGCUCGGAGCGCCUCGGAAGGCGGGUCGGACUCCGGCGCCUAUCCGCAGCAUCGAAGCCGCCGGAGCCCCGGAGAGUCGGUCAUGCCGAAGGUGUACGGGCAGGGCAACCUGAACGACUCCCACAACCAGAUGGUGGUCCACUGGGCCGGCAAGAGGAGCGACGUCAUCGUGGCUUUGGCCCGAGACAGCGCCCGAGCCAUCGGGCCCAAGACCAGCUCGGUCUACGUGUCCUACGACUACGGGACCACCUUCACGCUCCUCUCCGACAAGUUCCAGCUGUCGGGGGUCCGGGCCCAGGACGGCCACCAGCAGGUCAUCUCCCAGUUCUACCACAGCCCGGCGGACAACAAGAGGUACCUCUUCGUGGACUCCACCAACAACUACCUGUGGAACACCUUUGACUUCAGCCGCAGUGUGCGGGGCUUCUCGCUGCCCUUCAAGCCCACAGACCUGCUGCUGCACAGCCGGAGAGCCGGCCUGGUGCUCGGCUACGACAGCUCCCACCCUAACAAGCAGCUGUGGAAAUCAGACGACUUCGGUGAGACGUGGGUGUUGAUCCAGGAGCACGUGAAGACCUACUUCUGGGGCGUGGAGCCCUACGACCCCCCCACCACGGUGCUGGUCCAGAGACACGAGCCCCAGGGCGUCUCCACGAUCCUCAGCAGCACCGACUUCUUCCAGAGCGAACAGAACCGCACGGUGAUCCUGGAGCAGGUCGACAGCUUCCAGCUCCGAGACAAGUACCUGUUCGCCACCACCACCAGGAAGUUGUUCGGCCGCCAUGACCCGUCCUCCGUCCAGCUCUGGGUCUCCUACAACCGCCAGCCAAUGAAAGCCGCCCAGUUUAUGACCCGACAUCCAAUCACGGAGUUCUACAUCGCGGACGCGUCGGAGGACCAGGUGUUCGUGUGUGUGAACUACCUGAACAACGUCACACACCUCUACAUCUCAGACACUCAGGGCCUCUCCUUCUCCCUGUCGCUGGAGAACGUCCUGUACUACAGUCCUGAGGGCUCGGGGAACAACACACUCAUCAGGUACUUCGCCAAUGAGCCUUUCGCGGACCUGCACCGCGUGGAGGGUCUGCGGGGGGUCUUCAUCGCCACGCUCAUCAACGGCUCGGCCAGCGAGGACAACAUGAGGUCGGUCAUCACGUUCGACAAGGGGGGGACGUGGGAGCUGCUGCAGCCGCCUGCUGCCGACAGCCUGGGGGGCACCGUGGACUGCCAGCUGGGUAAGGGCUGCUCCCUCCAUCUGGCCCAGCGCUGGAGUCAGCUGUUCGACAUCCAGCUGAGGAGGAUGCCGAUUCUCUCCAAGGACUCGGCGCCGGGACUCAUCAUGGCCACAGGAUCCGUAGGCAGGAACUUGGCCAACAAGCCCAACGUGUACGUCUCCAGCAGCGCCGGCGCCCGCUGGAGGGAGGCGCUGGCCGGCCCCCACUUCUACACCUGGGGGGACCACGGGGGCAUCCUGAUGGCCAUCGCUCGGGGAGGAUCCACCACACACGUGAAGUUCAGCACCAACGAAGGCGAGACGUGGUCGGACUUCCAGUUCUCGGACCGGGCGGUGUUCGUCUACCAGCUGCUCACCGAGCCCGGGGAGAAGAGCACCAUCUUCACCAUCUUCGGCUCCUACGCCGACCAGCAGCACGGCUGGCUCAUCCUGCAGGUCAACACCUCGGACGUGCUGGGCGUGCCGUGUUCGGACGCCGACUACAAGCGCUGGUCCCCGUCGGACGAGCACGGGAACGAGUGCCUUCUGGGCCGAGAGGUGACGUUCAGGAGGCGAGCGCCGCACGCCACGUGUUUCAACGGGGAGGACUUCGACCGGCCCGUCAACGUUGCCAACUGCUCGUGCACACGGCAGGACUACGAAUGUGACUAUGGCUUCAAGCUGAGUGAGGACCUGUCCCUUCAGGUUUGUGUUCCCGACCCCGAGUUCUCCGGUGACCUCUACGCUCCUCCGGUUCCGUGUCCCGUAGGUUCCUCCUACCGUCGCAGCAAAGGCUACAGGAGGGUACCGGGAGACAGCUGCAGUGGAGGAGACGUGGAGUCCCGGCUGGACGGAGAGAUGCUGCCGUGUCCCGUCGGAGAGAGCAACGAGUUCAUCCUGUACGCGGUGAGGAACUCCAUCCACCGCUACGACCUGGCCACCGGCACGGACCAGGCGCUGCCGCUGGCCGGCCUCCGGGAGGCCGUGGCUCUGGACUUCGACUACGACAGGAACUGCCUGUACUGGGCCGACAUCUCACUGGACACCAUCCAGCGUCUGUGUCUGAACGGCAGCACGGGUCAGGAGGUCGUCGUGAGGAAGGACCUGCAGAACGUGGAGGCGCUGACCUUUGACCCCAUCAGCCGACUGCUCUACUGGGUCGACGCCGGAGCGCAGAAGAUCGAGGUGUCGAACCCCGACGGCGACCUGCGACACACGCUGCUCAACUCGUCGGUCCUGGAACAUCCCAGAGCUCUGGUUCUGCUGCCUGGAGAGAGCCUGAUGUUCUGGACGGACUGGGGCGACCGGGCCGCCGGCGUGUACCGGAGCUCGAUGGACGGCAGCAACGUGACCUGCGUGGUGUCGGACGGCGUCCGCUGGCCCAACGGCAUCACGGCCGACGACCAGUGGCUGUACUGGACCGAGGCCUACAGCGACCGCAUCGAGAGGGCCGACUUCUCCGGGCGCAUGAGGAGCGUCCUCGUGGAGGGGCUGCCCCACCCCUACGCCAUCGCCGUCUUCAAGAACGACCUGUACUGGGACGACUGGUCCCGGAUGGGGAUCUUCAAAGCUCCGAAAGCCGGCUCGCAGAGCAACGAGCUGAUUGUGGGCCGGCUCACCGGAGUCAUGGACCUCAAGAUCUUCUACAAGGGGAAGAGCAGAGGACACAACGCCUGCGCCGACCAGCCGUGCAGCCUGCUGUGUUUGCCUCAGCCGGGUCACCGGCACACCUGUGUUUGCCCCGACGGCACCCCGACCGUCACCAUGCCAACCGGAGAGCUGCAGUGCCAGUGUCCCACCGGCUACCUGCUGCAGAACAACACCUGCGUCAAGACCGUGCACAGCUGCCUGCCCAACCAGUACCGCUGCUCUAACGGCCGCUGCAUCAGCAGCAUCUGGAAGUGCGACAGCGACAACGACUGCGGAGACAUGAGCGACGAGCAGGAGUGUCCGACCACGACCUGCGACCCGUCCAACCAGUUCCGCUGCAUGGCCUCGGGCUCCUGCAUCCCGCUGGCCUUCAAGUGUGACCACGAAGACGACUGCGGAGACAACAGCGACGAGGAGCGCUGUGAUUCCCACCAGUGCGGCCCGGGGGAGUUCACGUGUGCUCGGGGGGUUUGCAUCCGCGAGGCGUGGCGCUGCGACGGAGACAACGACUGCCGAGACUGGUCGGACGAGGCCAACUGCACAGUGGGCCACCAUACGUGUGAGGCCAGCAGCUUCCAGUGUCACACGGGCCACUGCAUCCCGCAGCGCUGGAUGUGCGACGGCGACGACGACUGUCAGGACGACUCGGACGAAGACCCGCGGUACUGUGAGGGAACUCGGUGCAACGGCUUCCUCUGCUCCAAUCACACCUGCCUCCCGGCCACCGCCCACUGCAACGGCAUCCAGGAGUGUCCAGAUGGCGACGAUGAGCACAACUGUGACCCGCUGUGCACUCGCUACAUGGAGUUCGUGUGCAAGAACCGAGCCCAGUGUCUGUUCCAGUCGCUGGUCUGCGACGGGAUCCGGCACUGCGAGGACGGCUCCGACGAGGACGCCGACUACGCCGGAUGUGCCACGCCGUCUGAGUUCGGCAAAGUGUGUGACGCCUACACCUUCCAGUGCGCCAACGGAGUGUGUGUGAGCCUGGAGUGGAAGUGUGACGGCAUGGACGACUGUGGGGAUUAUUCUGAUGAAGCCAACUGUGCGGCCCCCACGGAGCUCCCCGGCUGUUCGCGGUAUUUUCAGUACGAGUGCAGGAACGGCCGCUGCAUCCCGACGUGGUGGAAAUGCGACGGAGAGAACGACUGCGGGGAUUGGUCCGACGAGGCCCAGUGCACAGGUGGAGGCACCCCCCACACCGUGGCCCCCGGCCUCUCCACCUGCGCCCCCAACCGCUUCCACUGCGGCUCGGGGGCGUGCGUCAUCAACAGCUGGGUGUGCGACGGCUACGCCGACUGCCCCGACGGCAGCGACGAGCUGGGCUGCCCCACAGCGGCCAACGGCUCCGUGACGGCGGCGCCCGCGCCCACCGAGGCCCCGCCCUCCCCCACGCGGUGCCUCCGGGGUCAGUUCCUGUGUCGCCGGCCCCCCCGCUGCAUCCCGGACUGGCAGCGCUGCGACGGCCAGAACCACUGCCGGGACGGGUCCGACGAGGCCCAGUGCCCCACCAGGGGGCCUCUGUCCUGCGGUAACGGGUCGCGCUGCGCCGACGGCGAGGCCUGCGUGCCGGACGGCGAGCGCUGCGACGGCUUCCUGGACUGCUCCGACCACAGCGACGAGGACAACUGCACCCAGGACACCCUGGCCUAUAAGGUCCAGAACCUCCAGUGGACACCGGACUUCUUCGGUGCCAUCACCCUGACGUGGUCUCGCCCUAAAAACCUCCCGCUGGACUCCUGCUACUUCCUCAUCUACUACAGGCUCGUGGGCACCCAGCAGUGGACCAUCAUGGACACGCACAGCAACAAGACCAGCUACAAGCUGACGGUGCUGAAGCCGGACACCACCUACCACGUCAAGGUGCUCACCCAGUGCCUCAGCAGGCUGCACAAGACCAACGAGGCGGUCACCGUGAGGACGCCGGAGGGACUGCCCGACCCCCCCAGGAACCUGCAGCUGUCCUGUGAUAACGGCGAGGACGGGAUGGUGGACGCGUCCUGGAGCCCCCCGGACAAAGGCCACGGCCUGGUCCGGGAGUACAUCGUGGAGUACAGUGAGCGAGGAGCUGUGGACUGGACGUCCCAGAGAUGCUCCACAAACAGCAGCGCGGUGAAGGAGCUGCAGCCGGACACGCUGUACCGGUUCAGGGUGGCAGCAGUGACCAGUCGAGGUGUGGGCAACUGGUCUGAGGUGAAAUCCAUCACCCCUAAGAAAGCUCUUCCUCCUCCCUCCGUCAUCGCCGACAGCAUCACCGCCGACUCCAUGAGCCUCUCGUUCAGCUUCAACUCCCAGUACGAGGUCAAACAGUACGUAGUGAUUCUGUCCUGGCAGUUUGAUUCCCACGUCAAGGAGGGCAAGAACUUCACCGUCACGGAGCGGAUCCUUAAAGCCACCAACCUGACGGCGGGCACGCUGUACGAGGUGGCCGUGUGGGCUCACACCAGCAUCGGGGACAGUCCCACCGCGCUGUCCCACCACCAGACCGCCGGCGCCCAGCCGGAGAGGCCCUUCCUCAAGACCCGGGCCCUCAACCAGACGGCCGUGGACUGCAGCUGGACCGUCAACGGCACCGGCGCUCAGCUGUACGGUGUGUUUUAUGCCACCUCCUUCCUGGAUCUGUACCGCAGCCCCCGUCAGGUCGGCACCGCCUCCCUCAGCCUGACGGUCACAGUGGACAGCGACGAGCAGUACCUGUUCCUGGUGCGCGCCGUGCGCCCCUUCCUGGGCCCCCCCUCCGACUACGCCGUGGUGAAGAUGAUCCCCAACGAGCGGCUGCCGCCCAGGAACCUCCACCGCGUGCGGGUAGACAAGACGCAGGCCACGCUCAAGUGGCAGCCGCCCUACGACGCCCCCAACGCAGCGCUGACCUAUGCGAUCCAUGUGCGUGAUGUGAUCCGUAAAGAGGAGUGGGACUUCAAGCUGACGACCAGGAACAACACGGUGGAGUACCAGCUGAGGGGCCUGGAGCCCGGGGGGCGCUACAGCGUCUCAGUGCGGCUACGCAACAUGAGCAAGGAGGCGGGCUUCACCCUCAGCACGGGUACACGCGCACACACACACACACUCAAGAUGGCGACGCCAAAGAUCGUGGAACUCAAGAACACACAAACCAACGAGAGACUUCCAACAGAAGCCGUAAACAACGAGCUUCACGGCGACUCGUCGUCCCCGGUAACCGACAGGACCGCUCUUCCUGGUUACCGGUAA